AUGCAGUCUUCUGGUGGUGGUAAUCUGCACGGCGGCCAGCGCAAGCGGGCUCGCAACCCGGUCGCAGGACUGCCGAGACCGUCCGCCAAGCAAAAUCACCACGCGGCCGAAGAUGAAGAGGAAGAGGAGGAAGACGAGGCUCCGCUCGCCCUCACAGAUAAGGACAUCCCGCCCCACCCCUACGGCGUCAAACCCGAGGGUAACAGGCUGGUGGACAUGCUGGCCGCUGACUUUGUGCCGGCGCGCGGGGUCGGCCUGGGUUGGUUCGCCCAUCUGCCGGACAACCUCAUCUUCGUCAUCUUCCAGGAGGUGGGCUUCCGCGAGCUCGUGCAGCUGUCGAUGACCUCGCGCGCCUUCUACGUGCUGGCCAACUACGACGAGCUGUGGAAGUACCUCACGGUCGAGACCUUCCAGGGCGACUGGCGCUUCGUCGAGACCUUGGAAGCAGACCUUCAUCGCCCGCUACGCGCCCGCGUGGCCGCUGCUGGGCCGCGAGCGGCCGAUCAAGGUCAAGUACUUCUACUCGACGCUGCUCCACCACUCCUGGUGCCUCCUCACCUGCGACCUCACCAAGUGGACCCGCGUCGACAACAUCGACCGGCGGAGCGGCUCUCCAUCGAGCAGUUCAUCGCUGAGUAUGAGAUCCCCAACAACCCGGUGGUGCUGACCGAUGUCGUACCAAACUGGCCGUGCUACAAGAAGUGGUCGAAGGACGGCAUGAUCAAGGAAUAUGGGGACAUGGACGUCAACAUCAACCAGGGCAUUUCGAUGAAGCUCAAGGACUACUUCACCUACUCGGGCCAGGCCGUUGAGGAGAAUCCCAUGUACCUCUUCGACAGCGAAUUCGGCGAGAAGAGGCCCGCCAUGCUCGAGGACUACAGCAUUCCGAAGUACUUCACGGAGGACUAUUUCGCCUAUCUGGAGGAACCCGAGCGGCCUUCGUUCCGUUGGAUUCUUGUGGGUCCUACUCGCUCGGGCGCGACUUUCCACAAGGAUCCCAACCACACAUCGGCCUGGAACGGUUUGCUGUGGGGCCUCAAGAAGUGGCUUCUCUACCCGCCCAACGUGGUGCCGCCCGGCACGUUUCCGUCGGAGGAUGAGUGGGAGGUGACUACGCCCAUUUCGAUCGUGGAGUGGUUCUACAACUUCUAUCAGGAGACCGACAAGCCCGGCAAGAAGAAGGCCAAGACGAGCGAGCAGCACCAGGACGGCCAGCCCGACGCACAGCGGCCCAUCGAGUGCUUGCUCAGGCCCGGCGACAUGAUCUUCAUCCCCAACGGCUGGUGGCAUACCGUGCUCAAUCUGGAAGAGUCGGUGGCGGUGACCCAAAACUAUGUGGGCCGGCACAACGUCAAGAAUGUGCUGGAAUUCCUGCGGAGGAAGGAGAACCAGACCCUCUUCAACGAGCUCAUCGGCAAGCUCCGCGAGCGGCAGCCCCAAGUCCUGGCCGAGAUCGAGGCCGCGUGGGCCAAGGAGGAGCAGGACCGCCGCGAGCGCGAGAAGAAGCGGGAGGAGAGCUGCUUCUGGAGCAAGCUCAAGACUGCGCCGGCCCCUGAUGCGACCGCUCCGUCGGCCACCGACGACACCAGCGCUGCGGCUGGCGGUUUCAGCUUUUCUUUCAACUUCAACUAA